UUUAAACUUGGGGAGGAAGUAUUUAUUGUUCGGGCGAGGAGCGCUGGGCAGCGGGUGGAGUUCUUUCCAGAGCCACGCUGUGUCCCUCACUAUGGCACCAAAGAAAGCCAAGAAAAGAGCAGAGGGCGCCAACUCCAAUGUGUUCUCCAUGUUCGAGCAGACCCAAAUCCAGGAAUUUAAGGAGGCCUUCACCAUCAUGGACCAGAACAGGGACGGCUUCAUCGACAAGAAUGACCUGAGAGACACCUUUGCUGCUCUCGGGCGUGUGAACGUGAAAAAUGAAGAAAUCGAUGAAAUGAUCAAGGAGGCACCAGGUCCAAUUAACUUCACUGUGUUCCUGACGAUGUUCGGGGAGAAGCUUAAGGGCGCAGACCCAGAGGAGACGAUUCUCAAUGCAUUCAAAGUGUUUGACCCCGAAGGCAAAGGGGUGCUGAAGGCUGAUUACGUUCGGGAGAUGCUGACCACGCAGGCGGAGAGGUUUUCCAAGGAGGAGAUUGACCAGAUGUUCACCGCCUUCCCCCCGGACGUGACUGGCAACCUGGACUACAAGAACCUGGUGCACAUCAUCACCCACGGAGAAGAGAAGGACUAGGGGCGUGCUCGCCACAGGCCCCGGCCCAUCUCCGGGGGGAGGUUCCCGGCCCCCCACCUCUCUUCUUGGUCCCACCUCCGUCCCUGGCCCUGGCCCAUCAGCUCGUGGCUGUCUUGUUUAUCCACUCCAUUGUCUUUGCAGCCUGGGUGGCUUAUAGAUAGCUCGUGGCCACACCUCCUGCAGGCGGAGAUCCAUGGAGGCUGUGUUCAAAUAAACAGGAGGUCGGGAUUUGGUCCUGACGUUCCUUUGACAAGUGC